AGUAGUUGCUGGCUUAACCUUAAAACUAAAGCAUACCCAAUGAGCGCACUCGAGCACCUCCCCAAAAUCUUCUGAUUACAAGCGCUGGAUGUUUACAAAUGACGCGAGCGCAUAAAGGCGACAGAUGAGCAGAGCUGCUUCAGUAUACAGGUACAAGAAAGGGAUGGAUCACAGACCGGCAGAUUUCACUCUUUGUGGACGCGCAAAGUCAACAUUUUAGUGCAACCGCAUCCUGGAAUAUUCUUGCAUUUACAUCUCACUGUCUGUCUCAUUUUGCGCUUUAAAAAUCAAAGUUUUUUCGCGCACAAAAAUGUUUUUGUUGGUAAGGUCAGUUCUUCUUGUUAACGUGUUUUAUGCUCAAUUGGAAAUUGUGAAUUCUAUGCAGAGUCAGUUGUGCGUGCCCGUCAGACUGGAUCAUGUCAAGAGCAAUUUAGUCAGUAAUGAAGACUUCACGUUGCCGAAAACAGUUGCGUUCAAAAUAAGUGCAUUUGAACAAGAUUUUGUACUCGAAUUACAGUCGGACUCCAGCUUCAUUGCGCCUGCUUUCUCGACGCACACCGACGCAACUGCUCAAAAUUCCGCGCACAGUGAAGAUCUGAGCCGGUGUUUUUAUGCCGGUGAGGUGAAUUCUGAUCCCUAUUCCUAUGCAGCGCUCAGCUUGUGCAAGGGACUGCAGGGCGCAUUCGGUUACGAUGGCUGGGAAUAUUUCAUCAAGCCGGCUUUAAACGACACCGACUGGGACAGUAUGCACGCGCAUCUCAUCAGCCGCAGAUCUAAUGCCAAUCUGAGUGGCAACUCCACGUCAAGAUGCGGCGUGGACAGCGGUGUGACCCAAACCGUUGCACAGUCUUUGGCGAAGUUUAAGCACUUAAAGGAACAACACAUGAGUAACGUCACUAUGUCAGUUCUGAAAAACCGCUCGAAGAGAUUUGUCUCCAUUCCGCGUUAUGUAGAGACAUUAGUGGUGGCCGAUGAAUCCAUGGCCAAAUUCCACGGUGACGACCUCAAGCAUUACGUGCUGACCUUAAUGUCAGUGGCAGCUAAGCUUUACAAACACCCCACUAUUCUUAACUCUAUCAACAUCGUGGUUGUCAAGUUUAUCGUGAUUAACGAGGAAGAGAAAGGACCUAAGGUUUCCGGGAACGCGGCGAUGACCCUGCGUAAUUUCUGCACCUGGCAAAAGAAGCUGAACAAAAACAGCGACAAGCAUGCGGAGUACUGGGAUACGGCCAUCCUAUUUACUAAACAGGACCUGUGCGGAGCCUCAACAUGUGACACACUGGGUAUGGCAGAUGUCGGCACCAUGUGUGAUCCCAAGAGAAGUUGUUCUGUGAUUGAAGAUGAUGGGUUGCCAUCUGCCUUCACUACUGCCCAUGAGCUUGGACAUGUCUUCAAUAUGCCACAUGAUAAUGUUAAGGCAUGUGAGGAAGUAUUUGGCAAGCUGCAGGACAAUCACAUGAUGUCUCCCACUCUGAUCCGAAUCAACCGCACUAGUCCCUGGUCACCAUGCAGUGCUGCCAUUAUCACUGACUACCUGGACAGUGGUUACGGCGAUUGUCUGCUGGAUCAGCCUCAGAAACCAUUAGCUCUUCCAGAUGUGCUCCCAGGUGCAUCCUAUGGUUUAGAGCGGCAAUGUGAGCUUGCCUUCGGUGCCGGCUCAAAGCCUUGCCCGUUCAUGCAGGCACCAUGUCAGCGCUUGUGGUGUACAGGGAAGACCCGCGGGCAACUGGUGUGCCAGACAAGACACUUUCCAUGGGCAGACGGUACCAGCUGCGGGGACAGACAGCUCUGCAUGAGGGGCACAUGCAUGGACAAACAAGAGAUCACCAAAACUAAGGUGGAUGGCAGAUGGGGUAAAUGGGGGCCGUUUGGUACCUGCUCCAGAACUUGUGGAGGUGGAGUGCAGCUGUCCAAGAGAAAGUGUGACAAUCCUGUGCCAGUCAAUGGCGGCAAAUACUGCCAGGGAGUGAGGGUCAAAUACCGCUCCUGCAACCUCUUCCCAUGCCCUGACACAGGCAAGAGCUAUCGUGAGGAGCAGUGUGAAUCUUACAAUGGGUUUAGUCUGAAUACUAACCGGCUUACCCCCUCUGUGGUGUGGGUCCCCAAAUAUUCUGGUGUUUCGGCUAAAGAUACAUGCAAGCUGAUCUGCAGGGCAAGUGGAACAGGCUACUUCCACAUUCUUGCACCAAAGGUUGUUGAUGGUACACCAUGUUCUCCUGACUCCUCAUCAGUCUGUGUCCAAGGCAAAUGCAUCAAGGCAGGAUGUGAUGGAAAACUGGGAUCCAACAAGAAGUUUGACAAGUGUGGUGUCUGUGGGGGAGAUAAUAAGAACUGCAAAAAGGUCUCAGGCCUUUUCACCAAGCCCAUGCAUGGUUACAAUUUUGUGGUCAUGCUUCCUGUGGGAGCGUCUAACGUUGACAUCAGGCAGCGUGGCUACAAGGGCAUUGUGAGCGAUGACAACUAUCUUGCGGUCAAGAACAGCCAGGGCAAGUACCUGUUGAAUGGAAACUAUGUGGUUUCAGCCAUGGAGAAGGAUAUUCUGGUGAAAGGGAGUCUGCUCCGCUACAGUGGAACAGUUGGCUCCUCAGAAACUCUUCAUGUUGUGAAGCCUCUGAGUGAAGCUCUGGUAAUUGAAGUGCUCUCUGUGGGCCAGAUGACUCCUCCACGUAUACGCUACUCUUUCUACUUGCCACGAGAGAGCAAAGAUACCAAGGUGCAAAAGAAAGAAGAAAAGGCACGUGCUGAAAACAGUGUUCUCAGAGAAGAGGGCGGAAUCAAUAAAGGUGGAAAAGAGGCAGAUCUUCUUAAGGUUAAAAUCUCACCUUUAUAUGUCAAAGAUAUUGUGCCGAAACCAGGGAAGUGGGUGGCGGCAGGAUGGGAUGUGUGCUCGGUUACUUGCGGUAAUGGACUCCAGAGGAGGAUGGUGCAGUGUCUUGGGGGAGAUGGUGGGCCUGGAAUAGACUGUGAGCCUGCCCAAAAGCCCAGUGCUAUUCGGGCAUGUGGAGACCCUUGCCCCAUGUGGGAGGUGGGCAGCUGGUCCCCCUGCUCCAAGACCUGUGGGAAGGGCUUCAAACGGCGCCUGAUUCACUGCGUUACAAAUGUGGGAAAGUUGCUUCCCAGGGAGAAGUGUGCAGACAAAAAGAAGCCACAGGAGCUGGACUUCUGUUCAUUAGUCCCGUGUAAAUAAUCCCUCCCUCCCUUUAUAUCUCUACAUGGACCUUCUAUUUUGUCAAAUUGCAUAUUCAACAGAGAAAAGAACGAAGACAAAAGACUAUAUGUUCUGGUUCAAAGUUUAGAAUUUGAAAAAAUUAACAGCUGUGGAAAAAAAUACUGUCAAAAGACAAAAGACAACUGAGAUUGUGAGAUAAACAGGCUUGAACACAAAUGCAAAUAGUACUCUACCUCUAAUUCUAACCAAGUUAUAUAAUCCAUCAACUGUAAAUCAUCCAGACCAGACCAAAUUCAUAAUCAUGCCUGAUGUCAUUAAAAUUCAUAGGUAUUUAUAAGUAAUGUUUACACAUACAUUUUUUGUAUGUUUGAAUAUAUGUGAUAAAGACGUAUUGACAGCAUUUAAAACAUAAAAGUAUUUAAGUAUGUUCUGCAUCUAAACAAAAAAAAAAAACUUUCAUAUUAUUUUUUAUAUUAGGAAUAAAUUUGUAUAGUUACAUUUCACUAUUAUAACCUAAUCCCACCUCUACAUUAAAGCUAACCACUUCUCAUCACUACAAAACACAACAGGAAGAUAAUUGUAGUGACAAUUAUUUUUACUACAUUAUACCAUUUUGUAAACUUUUUUCAUUAAUUAUACUGUAAUGUUAAAUUAGUUGAAAAA